AUGUUGCAAAGUUCGCAUCAGGAUGUACCUCUUAUCCGUGGCCUUCUAUAUUUUCACGUCAGCAAUUUAUUAACUUUCCAAAAAGGGUUUGUAAGAGGACUACUUAAAGUGCUCUGCUGUGCAAAAAAUUAUAGUAAACUCGAUAAAAUGUUGGGAGAAGCGUCCUAUGAAAAAUCAUUGGACAAUUUGCUAAAGGUAUUUUUAAUCAUUUUUCAUAAAUAA